AUGUGUGAGUGCAAUCGUGGUAAAGUGGCCUCAUGUCCGUCGGAUAUUCAUUCGCACACCAAUCGAGUGAUUGUCAAUCCAUCCGAUUAUCCUCUUUAUAACAAGAAUCGUAAUAUUGAGAUCACGACUUCAGCGAACCGUAAAUAUGUUUUCACUCUGGAAGCGGCGGAUCAGAUGCCCAAAGGGACGAUGGGUUUCAAUUUGCCAAUGCGAAAAUGGGCUCAACUGUCGAUCAACGAGAUAGUAGACGUCCGUCUCUACACUUUCAAUCCAAACACACAAUUGGUGUCCAAAAUUACACUAUCAGUGGAUUAUAUGCAAAAAACUGCCCCGACUUCGGAACCGUUUGACACGGAUGUGAUGGCCCGAGAGUUUCUCAUGCAAUUCCCGAGACAGGCCUUCACUGUUGGACAGGAGUAUGUCUUCAAAUUUUUGGACAAAAAACUUCUUAGACUUGGGAUUAAAGAGAUGGAAGUGUUGGUCAUCGAUGGUAUGCAAGACAACCAAAAGGGAAAAGAACCGCAAAAAGUAUUGAAUAUAUCAUUUACACAACUAUUUGUUAUACUAAUUGACCGAUUGUUUGCCUAUCAGAUCAAAACGGGACAAAUCAUUCCCGACACUCACGUAAUCUUCGAGAAGGCCGAGGGCUCGUCGAUCACACUGACGGGUCAGGCGAAGGGCAAAAUAGUGCGGCAAUCGAUUAUAAACCCGGACUGGGAUUUCGCGGCUAUGGGAAUCGGAGGACUCGAUAAGGAGUUUAACGCCAUAUUUCGGCGCGCGUUUGCCUCUAGAGUAUUCCCGCCGGAGAUCAUCGAACAGUUGGGUCUAAAGCACGUGAGGGGUAUAUUGUUGUUCGGUCCGCCCGGCACUGGAAAGACACUAAUGGCCCGACAAAUCGGCCAAAUGUUGAACGCGAGAGAACCCAAAAUAGUAAACGGACCGCAAAUUCUGGACAAAUAUGUCGGCGAAUCGGAGGCUAAUAUCAGGAAACUGUUUGCCGACGCGGAGGAGGAACAGAAACGUAUGGGAAUGAAUAGCGGUCUACAUAUCAUUAUCUUUGAUGAAAUCGAUGCCAUUUGUAAAGCUAGAGGUUCUGUGGCGGGCAAUACUGGAGUUCACGACACAGUUGUCAACCAAUUGUUGGCAAAGAUCGAUGGCGUCGAGUCUCUCAACAAUAUUCUGGUCAUUGGAAUGACUAAUAGACGAGAUAUGAUCGAUGAGGCGCUGCUUCGACCCGGAAGAAUGGAAGUGCAGAUGGAGAUCAGUCUCCCCGACGAACACGGGAGGCUCCAAAUCCUGAACAUCCAUACAUCCAGAAUGAGAUCAUUCAAGAAGAUGGCCAGUGAUGUGGAUUUGAACGAAUUGUCCGGACGUACGAAGAACUUCUCGGGCGCCGAGAUUGAGGGAUUGGUUCGGGCGGCGCAGUCGACUGCCAUGAAUCGGUUGGUGAAGGCGGAUAACAAAGUACAACUCGAUCCCGAGGCGUUUGAGAAGCUACUCAUCUCCAGAAAUGACUUCAUUCACGCGUUGGAGAACGACGUGAAGCCAGCGUUUGGCACAAGCAAUGAGGCAAUUGAGCGCUUCUACUCGACUGGAAUCAUGACAUGGGGUCAACCCCUUCAGGAUCUGCUCGACGACGGAAACCUCUUCAUACAACAGGCCAAAGACGGCGAGAUUCAGCGCGGAUUAGUCAGUAUUCUUCUGGAGGGCUCUCCAAACGCGGGAAAGACCGCUUUGGCGGCCAAACUGGCGCUUGAAUCGGACUUUCCGUUUGUCAAACUGUGUUCGCCCGAAGAUAUGGUGGGUUUUACCGAAACGGCUAAAUGUAUGCAAAUCCGCAAAGUGUUUGACGACGCGUACAAAUCGACGCAAAGCUGUAUUCUUAUCGACGACGUGGAGGGGCUCUUAGAGUACGGCGAUAUCGGCGCCCGUUAUUCCAAUGUUGUUCUGCAGGCGCUUCGCGUUCUCCUCAAGAAAGAGCCGCCGCCCGGAAAGAAACUGCUUAUUCUGUGCACAACCAGUCGUCGCGACGUUUUGGAGCAAAUGAAACUCUGCGCCUCCUUUACGACUGUCCUUCACGUACCGAAUCUGACAAAACCCGAGCACUUGACCACUGUUUUGCUGAAUUUGUCCGAAAACGGCAACUCUUGCUUCACUCGCGACGAGAUCUCAAGAAUUUCCAAAAAUAUUUCCUCCAAACGUCUCUCAGUUGGUAUCAAAAAGCUAUUGGCGUUCAUCGACUGGACCCGUCAGAUGGAUCCAAAGGCCCGGAGCUCUAAAUUUCUGGCCAAACUCGAAGAGGAAAUGGCUCUCCUUUAAAAGACUAUGCUUUUGAAAGACUAUGCUUUUGAUUUGGUCCAAGUAUUACACGAUAUAUCAAUAAAUAUAUAUAUAAUGUUAUAAAUUAUUGUUAACCAAAAUAUUUAUUUAGCAAAACGUUAAUUUAAAAACACGAGAUAUUAUUGCAUAGUUUUAAAUGAAUAUUUAG